UCGGUGUUUUGGCAGGGGAACGGUGCGUGUGAAAGGAGCGGAGCUGAAAGAAAGUUUCACAGAGAGGCUCAGUGAAAGGCAUGUGCAGAAUGUGACGGGGUUCGAGCACCGUAGCCACACAGCUCCAGGAACAGCAGAGGUACCGUUAGAAUCGGGAGGAAAACAGUUAGAAAGAGGAAGAUGUGGUGAUGGAGGAUAGAAGGAGAAGAUAAAUCAAGAUUGAAGAAGGUGUCAGUAUCAAGACCCAGGAACGUGUACCAGGCGUAGCUGUGCGGGGGAAAAAACCCAAGCUCGAAGGCUAGUCUAAGAGGACUCCCCCCCCCCCCUUCACCCUAGGUGGUUGGUGCCACAUUACAGACGCCUGGAGAUUCUGCCGGAGCAACGCUUGAGUGAGGCCGUGCUGCAGCUGGGGAGCGAGAGGAGGACGAGAGGGGCUCUGUGGUGCUGUGGUGGGGGCUGAGGGGCUGGUGAGGGCAGCAGCCCAGACGUGGAGGUGCACCGUCGUCAGGAGGGGGAGAGGAGAGCCCAGGGGGCUGGAAGCCCAGCCGGAGCCAGGAUGGCAGAGCAGAAAGUUAGCCUCACUGCUAAGCUGAUUAAUGGGGGCGUAGCAGGACUGGUGGGCGUGACCUGUGUGUUUCCCAUCGAUCUGGCCAAGACUCGUCUACAGAACCAACAGGGAGCAACGAUCUACAACGGGAUGUUGGAUUGUUUGACGAAGACAGUUCGGACGGAAGGCUACUUUGGGAUGUACAGAGGUGCUGCGGUGAACCUGACUCUGGUCACUCCAGAGAAAGCCAUCAAACUGGCAGCCAAUGACAUCUUCAGACAGAAGCUCUCUAAAGACGGGAAGUUGCCUCUGUGGGGGGAGAUGCUGGCAGGAUGUGGGGCUGGGACCUGCCAGGUGGUUGUCACCACCCCGAUGGAGAUGCUGAAGAUCCAGUUGCAGGAUGCAGGGAGGCUGGUGGCCCAGAGGCCGGCCCCAGCGCCAGCGGCCACCCCAGGUCCAGCUCCGUCUCUGGUGGCCCCCCCGGCCCCCCAGCCCUGCCCCCCUGCCCCGCCCCGGGCCUCUGCCACCAGCAUCACCCUGGGGCUGCUGAGGACUCGAGGCCUGGCCGGCUUGUACCGCGGGGCAGGAGCCACUCUGCUGAGAGACGUACCGUUCUCUAUGAUCUACUUCCCGCUGUUCGCCAACCUGAACGCGCUGGGCCGGCGAAGGGCGGGUUUCCAGGGCGACGUGCAGGAGAAGUCACCCUUCCUACAGUCCUUCAUGGCAGGAUGCACCGCCGGGUCUGUGGCAGCUGUGGCCGUUACACCCCUGGAUGUCAUAAAGACUCGUAUUCAGACCCUGCAGAAGGGGGAGGGAGAAGAUUCUUACCGAGGCAUUGUUGACUGCACAAGGCGCAUCCUUGCUCGUGAGGGUCCCUCUGCCUUCCUGAAGGGGGCGACGUGUCGGGCGCUGGUCAUCGCUCCCCUCUUUGGGAUUGCUCAGGGCGUCUACUUCCUGGGGGUAGGAGAGAAGCUGCUAGGCAUGCUGGGAUAGCGGCGCCCGGCUCCGGUGUCUCUGUAAAGCCAACACACUGCUUCCUGCAGCAGUGGAGCGAGAGAGGGAGGAGAGACAUGGGCCUUGACUACACGAGCAGAGAGAGAGAGAGAGAGGUCUCAAUCAGUAAACCAAAGUUGGAAAAGAACAGCAGUGAGUGAGACUUGAACCAACAGUGCACACUAAUAAUGUUUCUCUAGAUUCCUGAAAGCUGUGUACAGUCUUCUAGGUAUACAUGGUCUUAUGUAUGUGUGUGUGUGACUUAUGGGGAGGUUUGUGACCCAGAUUGCUAAAUCCAGGGUUGUACUUCUGACCUGAGGAAGAGGGAAAGAGAGAGAGAGCAAGAAAGAGAGAGGUGUUUCAGUGAGUGAGAGAAUGAGGGAGAGAAUUAGAGAAAGAAGAUAGAUGAUUGGCACCUUGGGUUUGACAUCAAAAGGAAAUUGCCAAGCAAUCAUGGAAUAUCAUGUAACAUCAUGUGACUGUUUGAUUAAGACACUGUGGAUUGACGUAUGAACUGUUAUUCAUGUCAACUCUAUUGCCAUGUUUGAAAAGAAGUCCUCUAAAUUAGUUCCAAGCAAAUUGUUCACAAUUUACAAUCCAGUUUUUUUCCCUCUUCUUCUUCUUAACUAUAAUGACAACGUCUUAGCUCCUCCAUCAAGUCCAUCGCAGGCCCUGAGUUGCUUUUCCAUCCGAAAGUCUCGUGCUUAUAUCCUUGCGUGGCAUGAGGCACUGUCUGCCAGUAACUGUAGGGUCAUCUGUUAAUCUCGACGGUAAUGCUUUAAUCCUAGUCUCUGUAACAUGGCCAGGUUUUACACCCUGGGUCCCCCUUUGGGCCUUAUACCUGUCUCCUGUCAGUGUCCAGACAGGCUCUGUUUGGGAAACGAACCCCAACUCCCUCGCCUCUCUGAGGGGGUCACAGUGGCCUGAUACGAUUGGAUAAACAAGAGCAUCUAGUCAGCAUCUCUAUUUAUUCCUCAUCCGUUAUUUGUCUGAGGAAAGGGAUGAGGAAUAAUGUUUUUAGAUAAUCUGAACGAGGCGAAAACCUGUUCGGAGAUUUAACAGUAGCAAUAGCCGUAGCCGUUUUUUACGUUUCCUUGAAUGACAUGUUACGCACAAUACAUAGUAAUAAUCCUGCAAUAAAGCCUUAUAUUUGAUGAUCGAGUCUCUUGUCCUAAACAUUAACUGAAUGUGUGCGUCAAGAUAUAAAUCAUUUAAAACGUGUACUUUUUUUUGGGCGUGUCCAAUUUAUUGCAGCCUAAAUUGGUGAGAUGACAGUAUGACCUGUAUUAGAGGCAGGUUAUUUCCAACUUUCACCACUAGGUGGCAGUCAAAGUAUUUUCUACAUUUAUAAGUGUCAUUGUCGAUUGAGCUAAAAUAACUACUGCAUUUUGAGAGAAAAGAAACAUAAUGAAAAUUGAAAACGAUAUUUCUGUUUAAAAGAUGUAAAUAAAAGACUGCAAACAUC